AUGGCUAUAUGCAAGAUUUGGGUGAUGUUUCUCAUACUCAUAGUAGGAGGAGUAAUUCUUGGAGUUACUACAACGAAAACAGCAACCACUUGUCCUCUCUAUUGCUUACAAGUAGAGUACAUGACAUGUGUUUCGUCCGGCGACGACAAGCUUCCUCCGAGAUGCAAUUGUUGUCUUGCUCCUAAAAACUGUACUCUCCAUCUCUCUGAUUCUACUUCUAUUCAUUGUAAGAAAUGA